AUGGCGGAAGCGGAGGAGCAGCCGCUGCCCGUGUCGCCUCAGAGUGAGGGCCGGAGCGAGGGCGGGGAGGAGGCCCCGGAAGGCGGAGCGGCGGCCCCGGAAGGCGGAGCGGCAGCGGGGGCCACCGACACGGCCCCCCCUACGGCCGGCUCACCGGGCACCGAGGAGCCCGCCGGUGACACGAAAAAGAAAAUUGACAUCCUGCUGAAGGCCGUGGGAGACACCCCCAUCAUGAAGACCAAGAAGUGGGCCGUGGAGCGAACCCGGACCAUCCAGGGCCUCGUUGACUUCAUCAAGAAGUUCCUCAAGCUGAUGGCCUCCGAGCAGCUGUUCAUAUACGUAAACCAGUCUUUUGCUCCAUCUCCAGACCAAGAAGUUGGGACCCUCUAUGAGUGUUUUGGAAGUGAUGGCAAGCUUGUACUGCAUUAUUGUAAAACCCAAGCAUGGGGAUGAAUAUCAAGCCAUACAAUUGUUUAGGUGUUGAUUUCAAAAAUGGAAAAGGGAUUAACUUUCUUAAAUUCAACCUGUAAACACACAGAAAGAAGGAUUUUUUGCAUUUCUGCUUAUUACUGUACAUUUAUAAAAAUGAUACAGAUGAAUAGCAUAAAAGAAGAGCUACCAAGGCUAUGUGAUCAUGUAGCUUUUUUUCUGGUGCACAUCUGAGUUACAGAAAAAAAUCUGCAUCUGCCACUUAUAAAGCAGAGCCAGCUCUCUUGCUGCGGAGUUCUUAAUUGCUGUAUCUGAAGGGAAACUAUUUCAUAGUUGAGUGGAGGACUGGACAGCUCUGCCAGUCGAUAUGCUGUACUGAAGGUAAAAGUUCCAUUUUAUUAAAAGGGAUGUUUAUUGUACAUGUAGCCCAGGAUUUAGUCUACUUCUGACAUGUUGUCCAUCUGUUAUGUGCAUCCUUGUUCUUUGUGAAGUCUUCAUCUUGAACAUGCAUUAUCUCAUGUUAUUUCAAGACAGUAUUCUGAUUUUUUUUCUCAUAAUUAAUAUGAGAAUUGGCAUAUAAUCUGGUAUUGGUAUAUAAUUGAAUUACUUCACUCUGUGCCUUCAUUGUGUUGGUAGUCUAAGUACCUCAUUUAUAUGGCACAGUAUAAUGAUAGGCCUCAGAAACACUUUCCUCCUGCUUAAAUUGUGUAGUGAUUUGUUGAAGGCUGAACACUUUAGCAGUUGCCAGGGUGUUCUUCUGGCACUGUUUAACGACUAGCAUCAUUAGUUGAAUGAUGCAACUAGCUGUUGCAUCUUCAGUUAAUGAAGAAAUAGACAUGAGGUGCUAAAAAUCUACUCUAUAUGUUCUCCUUUUGGCUGCUGUUACUUUACUGUUUAACCAGCUGCAUGUUCCAUCAAUAAAAUAGAAUGCAGUUUAUAUCCUUUUGCUAAGUGAUAAUGAGGAUUAUUUUGUUUCAUCCUGGAAAGGACUUGGUGCCUUGGCUAGGGUACAGACCUUUGUUUUUAUUUAUUGGAGGGUUUUGAUGUGGGAGGAGGGGGUUUUGUGGCUUUAUUUUAAAUGUACAAUCUUUUAUGUUUGUUUAAACUGUACUAAAUUAAAUGUUAGCUGUUUGCUUGCAGUGUGUUCUUAUGCUGGAUGACACUUUUGGUCCCUGACGUAAUCUAAUUCUUCAGCACAUGCAGGCAAAACAGCCUGUUCUAGUUUAAAGCAUGCUUGUACAAUACUCUCAAGCCAUUCCUUGCCGUUUCAUGUAUAAGUGGCUCUUAGUGGUCUCUGCAACCUGUGUAUCAGAUUGUUUCCACCCUUGGAGGACUUCUGGAGAAGUAAUACUCAGCUUAAUUUACUGAUGUUACUAAGGUUGGCAUGCAAUCUGCAUAUGUAUGGCGCAGUAUCACUUGCUUGCUGUUUGAAUAGCUUGAUGUAUUUUACCGCUUUUUAAGUGGAAAGCCUGGAUUCAUUGGAUUAAGCUAACGAGGCAGAAUUGGUUGUAGACUUAAAGACUUCAAAUAAUCCAUACUUGUGCCUGGUCAGAACCCUGAUCUCAUGAAUCUCUAUCUAUUUAAGAGAACUAUUGCAGAGGUAAGCACUUUGCUUCUGUCUUGAAGAAAUUGCCUGCUCAGUUACUGUGGGGCCAGCGUAACCUUGCACAGCCACUAGAGGGUACACAAGGACAAAGGUAUUUGCAUAGUUUUUCCUGGUUUGGUUGGUGUUUUCUUUUCCCCAGUCUUUUUCGUAAUAUGUCCACUUGCUGGCCUUACAAAUAUAAGUAGUUUAUUCUCCCGUGUGGCAGUAUAUUUACCUAAGAUAAGCUACUAGUCUGCCUGUCUUUAAAGAAUGUUCUGUUGGUGCCUUUCACCUCAUUUGACCUUAAAUGAAAUUACUGAUACAGUGCAAAUGUGCUCUUCAAAAGUGGUGCAAGAAGACUGGGUUUUGUGUGUGUGUGUUUUGGGGGUUUUGUGGUUUAUCCUAGGUUUUUUUUUCUUAAAAAAAGAACAAAUAAAAACCCACUCAAGGUGAAGGAGGACUGUAGGUCACUAUAUCUCGCCAGCUAAUGGUUGAAGGUUGUCCUUCAUGUUGCAUCUAUAGAUAAUUUUUAUCCUCUGGAGUUGGAAAAAAAAAAAAAGUUUGCCUCUGUCCCUUCAAAGGUAAUAGUUCGGUAGCAUAAACCCCACAGUAAUGGUUUGGAUUUACCAUUCUGUGUUUUCUUUUAUUUACCACAUGCAUUUUUGAACUUGGAUAACUUAUUCAUGCAGAUUAGAAUUAUUCAUUUAUUUAAGAUUCAGCUUGUUCCUUGAACAAUACUUAUUUAUUACUGUUUGCUCCUGCACUUUUCUGCUUUUAUUUUUUCUGCAGUCCCAACUAAUUAUUUCUUGGCCCCUAGUUUACCAGUACACAGUGACUACUCACCUGAUUCAGUUCUUUUUUCUGUUUCCUGAAUGCUCUGAGUGGCUGCCUGUAUUCUGUUUCUUUCCUUUUAGUGACUGUCAGUUCCAGUUCUUCUAAUUCCCCCCAUUGCGUCUGUACAUCUUUAUGGAGGGACUUCUCCAUUUUGCUGCUUUUCUCUGUAGUUUUCUGGCUUCUCACAUCAGGAGGGUAGUCAGUGCUUCUUUAUCUCUGGUAACUCCUUAAUGACCAUGGGCUCUUUCUGUCUGAAGACAGGGUGUGACUGUUUGACACAAACUUUUCCUUGUGCAUAUUCUUAAAUAACAGUCUUAAAUGCAAACAUGAGAAGUAGAUAAUGUGUUGGGUGAACAGCUAAAGGAUUAGCAGGACGUUACUUGUAGAAUUUGCAAAAGAUAGAGCUUGCAAAAAACAUAUUAAAUCUAAUACUUCAAAAAGUGACAGUUACAGCAUCUAAAAUCAUAGAUGAUCCUGAAAUGCUUUAAAAUUUAUGCACUUAUCUCUUUAUAAAGAAUAAUUCCAGUAAACUGGAAACAUCAGAAGCUUAAGUAGAAAAUGAAGCAUGUUCUCUGUAUUUAGUAUGUCUUGAGCAAAAGUGUUGACUGUAUGAUUUAGGUGACUUCAAUUACAUCAGUGGGAGGAAAACGGACACAAAAGUAAGGGUUGACCUUUUGGGGGAAAAAAAAAAAGGAAAAAAAAAGAGACAAAAAGAAAGUGUAGGCUUAGAGGAGUACUGUGUUCCCUCAAAGAUGCUACAGUACCGAGCUACCAAUAUUUGUAAUAUUUAAUUCACUUGGGUUUAUUUAAUUCACUUGGGUUUAUGUAAUUGAAUUAAUAGAAUAGGCAAAUCAGAAAAAAUUAGUAAAUAAACUAAUUUUUAAACAUUGAGAAAUUAAGAUGAGUAUCGGAAAGGAAUAUUAUUAUACUGGUUUUAUGAAAGGCUUAGUACUUCACAAAUCCUGAUACUUAAUAGUGCUAUGCAAAAUUCAGUUGUCCUGUUCCCAAGGUAACAAUCAUCAAGGUCAAACCCUCUAAACUGGGGGGCAUUAUUUAUAUGAACUGUUAUUUAGAUAAUGGUUUAGAGAUUAGCAUUCAUUACAAAUUUCUAAUUUGUAGCUUGAACUAGUCUUAAUAGCACAUGGAAAACAUGGAGGAUCUAAGUGAAACUAAAGUUACCUUGAGAGCGAAAUGAUAAAAUACGUAGUCAUAUUGCCUGUAUGCAUAAUGAGCAAAUGUUAUUUUUACUUUUAAAUCUUGAGGAAUUACUGCUAAGGUAUUAACAGAAGAUGUGUCUCUGUUCAUUAUCCCCACAAUGUAAUCUUGAACGUACUGAUCUGCAGGUGGUGGGGUAGGAAUCCAAACAUCGUUCUGCAAACUUCUCAACUCUAAAGCAGCUUCUGUUUAUCCAUUGCUGCUGUUCAUGCUCAUUUUGCAGAUCAAAUUCUGCUUCUUAUUGCAUGAGCUUUUGGCUUUCGGUGUUCUUGACUAUCCUGAACUCUUAAUUACUGUUCAAGGAUGUUGUACAAAGGUUACUCAAGGCAUUAUCGUACUACAACAUCUUCAUACUUGGAGAUGAGACAAAAAAAGGGGGAAAAUGGCUUUAGCACUGUGGUUUUUAUGGUGAUUAUGACUAUUACAAGCAUAUAUAAAUUCCGUGGGCAUUAAAAAACACAACAAAACUGUUGUCAGCCUUGGUUUGUAUUGGAUUAUCAGGAGAACAAAAACAUUUGACAAGAAAGGAUGUUGACUGUGUUUGCUUUUAUUUGUGGAGACCUUGCUUCAGCUUUGCUAGUAUCAUACUUAAUAUGCUUCCAAGGCUAAACAUCAUAAAAUUCUAGAUAUUUUUCUUGUCCCUGCUUUGCACUUCUUCCAGUAGCCAUAAUGCCAUGAGAUGUCACAUGCAUAUCACUGUAUUUUAGCCAGAAAACUUGAGGCCAAAAUAUCUAGACAGAAAAAUUCAUUUAAAGAUUGUUUCAUCCUAAAAUAGGUGGUUAAGAAAGGUUGAAUGAAACACAUCGCUGACUAAAGGGAGAGCAAAAUAAGUACAUUAAAAGCUUAAGAUUAAGACAGUCACACUACACUAGACUCAGUACUGCCAGGAAAUGUUCUGGGGCACUGUAGCUCAGUCAUCUGUACGGUUAGCUGGUAGAACAUUUGCUGGUGCAGAUUUUGGCCUGUGCACAAUUCAGGACUUGGCAAGGCACCAUUUCUGGUGGGCACUUUGGACGUGACCAGCCUGUUCUGGAGGUUAAAAAGUAAAUACUGUGGUUGCAAACUGUGCUUUGCAAGUUUGCUUCUGUGCCAGAGGGCGAUCCUUGGGAUAUUUGUUAGUGGAUACACAGCCACAAUUUCAGGUGAGAUUUGAUCCCUUGUAUGCACACUGAGAAGAAUUAGACUUUGGGGAGAAAAACAUUUUCCCUCUUCAAACUUCAGGAGCUAUCUCAGAACCCUUUUAAAACGGUUCUCCAGCUUUCCCUCCAUGUAGUCAUCACAUAUAUGGUUGCUCUAAAUGCCUACCAAUAGCUAGAUUCUGCAACAGUUUUUGUUAAGGCUGCAGAUUACAGACAGUGAGGAAGCACUACUUAAACAUCUCAAUUUGCUCAUACCUUUCCUUAUUAGAAAUAGAUGAUGAACAUUUAUUAAUAAGAUAUAGGAAAAAGUACAGGAGUCUCGGUAUCCUUGCUCUGUAUUUUCUCAUGUAAUAAUUCCACAUGAAGAUUAUUUUUAUGUCUAUAAAAAACCAUACAUAUCAGUUGGAAUGAGUGAAUAUAGUGUUAAAAUAUAAUUGCACAGAGAGCUUAAGCAUAAAAAAAAAGAGGUUCGAGUUACAUGUUCCAACUGCAAAAAUCACUAUAUGACGUUAAAGUAGACAAAAAUGUCUUUCCCUCAAACCCAGUUUGGUAACAGAACUAAUAACCCUAGCAACUCUGGGGAACUAAAAUGCAUUAAGAGCUCUUUGGCUCUGAAACAGGAAACCUCAAGGAAGAGAAGAGCUCAAAACAGAAAACUACACAGUAAAUAUUGUCAGCACAGAGAAGAGUAGCCAGCGCUUUAGCUUUCUCAUAUAAACACCACAAGUUGAAAGAAACGGAAACUUAUUUUAAAGUGGUUUUCUCACAGAGAGAAAUGUCAAUAUUUUACUUAUAACACAUGCCUGGUGUACUAACCUCCCACCAAAAGUGUAUUAAAAUUAUUUAUUCCAAGAGUCCUUUCUGUGCUAUGUGGUUUAAUGCUUCACAGCUCUUCAGUGCGGUUUAUUUUUUUCCUUCAGUGGUACACAUGCUGUUCAGUAGUUGUGUUUUCAACGUAUAGCAUGACUUAGCAUGUGGUGCCCUCAUUUCACUGACUGAUUACUCCAUUUUGUAGUCUGAUGAUGUUUCACUGCAUGAUCUGUGUUUGAUACGAUUUGUUCUCAGGCUUUUUUUGUAAAUCACUGUGCAAGCAGCAGGUUCUCUUGCAAAAUCUGUUGUGUACUGAGAGAUCAAUCUCACUUUCCAAGUUGUAUGACUGAGGAACAGCUGCAGUGCUGCUCCACAGCCCCAGAAGGAGUCAUCCCACUUGGAUGUAGGGCUCCAUAAUCAUUUAGCUUGGUCUUCCAGAUCAGAGUUUGGGAACUGCUGAUUUAGAUGGUGCAUUGCUUCCAAGUCGCAAUCUGAGUGACGUCUGCAACAAACAUUUACUUAUGUUUCCCCCUGACUAUAAUCCGGAGAGUCUCUUCUGUGCAAUUGGUAUCCUUCCAAGAGUUCAAAGACCUUCAUGUGAAAUAAAAGGGACAGAACUCGGCAUCAUAGGCUGGGGCACUUGAGGUUUUCUGAUGCAGGUUGCAGUCCUUAAAUCACACAAAGCUUAAAGUAAGGGGCAGUAAGCCUUUUGUAAUGCUUUGGGACUACACAACACAAUGCUGUAUUUCAGUAAGGUGAGUUUCCUUGGCGCAGGUCAUUAACUUUUUAUCUGUAUUAUGAUCUGUGUGACGAAGUAUUCUCUUAAGCUUCCUCAGAGAGGUAUUGCCAUCGAGUCAUGUAGCCCCAAAACUUGCACUACAGCUGCAGAUCCAGGUUUUCUUCUAAAAAAGCCCCCUCUCCUAACAUAAAGAAACUUAGGUAAUACCAUUGGUAAAGGGGUGAAAGUUGUAUUAUGUAGAGGAGGAGAUGUAAAUGCUGAUUAUGGGGUUGAAGUGCUGUUGUCUGUCCAGUCUAACAGACCAAAGAGGCACGGUAUAGUUGUUUGCUGCAGCAGUCUGAGGAUUCAGACACCUUGGAUCCCACUUUCAACCUGACCACAAUUUUUCUUUGGAAUAACAAGAUUCAUCAUAAAAUCUCGAAUCCCAAGCUACAUAUUCAGGCAUAUUCAUGAUGCAAAGUGUCUAACACUGGAGUUUGGUAAUUCCAUCAAUCUUAAUUGAAGAUUUUCCUCAAUGAGUCAGGAGAAAAACCUGGUGAGCUGCACCCCAAUAGGAGAUGAGGUACCAAUAUAUGCUCAGGCACUUCGGCUGGUAAGUCUCUCUUGGAGCUAAACGUCAUGUCCAAUGAUUGCUUGAAGUCUUUUGGAUAAUAGUGGAGUGGUUGGGCAUUUGUCUAUAAAGCUAAGUUUCUGUGGUCGAAGCCCCAAACUCCCAUUUUCCAAGACAAGGUUUUCACUGUCAGGGUAUCAGCAGGAAUAGUUUAUUGUUUUCCUCUCUGCCUCUCAAUGAAGUUAUGUAAUGAAGAAUGCAAGAAUGAUUUACUUUCUGUGUGAACCCUCUGAGCUUCUGUGCUUUUCACAAGGGCGGCACAAUGUGAAAUACAGGAAAAGACCUUACACCUUGUUGCUUCUUCCCUGAAGCUACACGCUUUGCCUCAACUUUGGACUUAUUUUUCAAAUAACCUUUACGUAAUUGCUCUUGAGAGGGACCAAAGCUUUUUGCUAUAAAAUUGAAAGUUACAACAUCCCUUACACUUCUUGGAAUAAAGCCUAUUACAGUCUGAGUAUUAUUCGACAAUAAUAGAACCAUUGAGAAUACGUGCAAUAGUUAAUUUUUGCAGGGAUGUGAAGGUAUGAUUUUCAGAAAUGAAAAGAAAUGGGGAAAAUGCUUUACACUCCUUUAUAAGAAACACAACUGAGAAUGUGAAAGCAAUUCCCAUGCUGUGUGGAUUACAACGUGCUCUUUUCUUUCUUUUUUUUUUAAAUUUUCAGUGGCAGAUACCCUCACUGACUAAAGCUAGAAUCUGUUAACUGCUGUAUGUGCUCAGGUCCUUGUGCCAUUUCUGUCAAUGGGGUAUUAGUGAAAACACAAGCUAGGGAGCUGUAGAUACUGUUCCUAGUGAUUUUUAUGCAGUCAAAUAAUCAACUCAUAUAGAAGUUUUCAGGCUCAACAAGUAAUGUUGAAAGAUUCAAAAUUAAACACUGUGUAAACUCUUUUGAAUAGGAGCAAAUAAAAGUAUAAAAUUUUGUGUUACUACUGGAGAAAGUUAAGGUUUCGGUAAUCAAGGAAAAAGCUUUGACAAAUUGGUACAGCAACGUAGGUGAGCUAAUAAACAACAGCAGCAGUUCAAAACUGCAAUAGGAAGAUCCAGGUAUAUCCCUUAGUUGUAACAGAGGAAGGUAAAAAAUGUCCUUUUGCUUUUACUAGCAGUAUUUAAAGACAUCACUAAUGAUCCCAUCAACAUCGUGGCAAAGGAAUCAAAGUUCUGAGGUUUCUGAGGUUAACAGUGGAAGGAUAAUCCUUUUUUUUAUUCUGGAUUUAAAUACCAGAACUACACCAAACACAUAGGUGUACAGAUAAGCAGAGCGACAUUGUAACUGCUGGAAAAUAAUUUAAAUCAGAUCUUGGGAAUAUGGGAAUAAAAAAAUGAUUGAAAGGUUA